AUGCCUGGCGGGUAUCGGAUCGGUGUCCAUUUCCUUGCCACUGCACUACGAUUUCUCGAACCCCGUGUAGAUGAUGAUAUCGUCGACCGUUUACAUUAUCUCUACACCUCAACAAUUGUUCUCAUGUUUGCCUUACUCGUAUCGGCUAAACAAUAUGUUGGGCAUCCAAUUGAGUGCUUUGUGCCGGCACAAUUUACAAGAGCCAUGGAACAGUACACAGAGAAUUACUGCUGGGUACAGAAUACGUACUGGGUCCCGUUUCAGGAUCACAUCCCGCAUCGACUCGACGAUCGGGAACGACGACAGAUAGGCUACUAUCAAUGGGUUCCAUUCGUAUUGGCGUUGGCGGCAUUGAUGUUUCACAUACCGUCAUCAGUUUGGCGAUUACUAGCACCACAAUCAGGCCUGAAUGCUGGCUUGGUUCUUCAAUUGGCGUGCCAAGAUCAAAAUGUCGAUCCAACACAUCGAGAUCAGGCAGUGGGAAUUGUGGCUAGACAUAUCGAUGAUGCGCUCAUGUAUCAAAGGGAUCACGGCAGCCGCCGAAAGAACAUCUACAUCUUUGCCGUGGUUAGAGUCGGGAAAUUUUACGGAGCCUACGUGUCUUCGUGCUAUAUUUUUAUAAAAAGUCUUCAUUUGAUCAAUGUGGGCAUUCAAUUCGUUUUGCUGAACGCGUUCCUCGGCACAUCCGAUUAUCCACUUUUUGGUGCUCACGUUUUGUACGAUCUUUUCAUGGGUCGAGAGUGGCGAGAUUCGGGAAAAUUCCCGCGAGUCACCUUGUGUGAUUUCGAGAUCCGAGUACUCGGCAAUGUCCAUCGACACACCGUGCAAUGUGUUCUUGUAAUCAACAUGUUCACAGAGAAAAUCUUUGUCUUUUUAUGGGUUUGGCUAGCUGUGUUGGCUUUUCUCACCGCUGUCAACCUUCUUUUUUGGUUAUUUGCUUUGUCGACAUCAAGUCUUCGUCAAUCGUUUGUCGCAAAACAUUUGGACAUGGAAAGCGAUCAGUUGGGAAGGUUUACAGAUCGUUUCCUUCGACCGGACGGUGUUUUCCUUUUGCACAUGAUCGCCAACCAUGCGGGAAAUCUUUUCUGCUCUAAGGUCACACAGUCUCUUUGGCAAAUUUUUCUUCGCCGUUCAGGGAGACCGGUUCUCGAGGAAAAGGUGGAGGGAAGUGAAACGGGAGAUCACGAUCUGAAUGCAAAUGCGGGUCCAAUUGGGAAUUUGACAAGAAAAAACUCGUGGAGUGAGGGAUCACUACCACCGCCAUUGGCCCCAAUUCCGACAAGAACGCAUUUCGUA